GUUCCGGAAGUGCCUCAAAGCCUCCUCGUCGCCUUUGGCUCAUCUGAUUGGCCAGAUCUAUUUCAACGUGGUUGGCCCUCAGUGCUUCAAAUUUACCCAGAAAUCCACCUGCGUCCAGCGCCACUGGUGGGGUGGUUGUCGCCAGUACGCCAACAGCAAAGUAGCCUUC